GGGAGUGUGUUUCUGCUGUGUGCUCUGUCUGCUGGCUCCUUCCCAGAGGCACCCACUGAUGGAGACUCCUCUUGAGAAGGCCCUGACCACUAUGGUCAGCACUUUCCAUAAAUAUUCUGGGAGAGAAGGCAGCAAACUGACCCUGAGCAGGAAGGAACUAAAGGAGCUGAUCAAGAAGGAGUUGUGUCUUGGAGAGAAGAUGAAAGAGAGCGGCAUCGAUGAUCUGAUGAGGACCUUGGACAAGAACAGUGACCAGGAGAUCGACUUCAAGGAGUACACGGUGUUCCUGACCACACUGUGCAUGGCCUACAACGACUUCUUCCUGGAGGAAGAUAAAUGACCAGGGUUCAGCCCCUUGCCCCUGGCCUCUUCAGCUGUCUCCCAGACACUCCCUGGCCCCUGGCC